GAGCAAUACAGUCUUUUUCAACCGUCUUUCAUUUUUAUACACUCGUUUAAACCGUCAAUCUUUUAGAAUUAUCUGGCUCAUCAUCAUGUUGGGCUCCAAGAGUUUCCAGAACGGCUGGGCUAAGCUGUUGGUCUCGCUGUUCUUCCUCCUUGCUGCUUCUCAGCUCUGCAUCGCUGCACCCUACACCACUCAGCUCGCUGUUCGCGAUGAUCAGCAUCUCUACUCUAGAGUCAUCACCCCCGAGCUAGAUGCCUACAAACGCAAGCUCGACGCCAGCCAAGCUGCUGGAACAUACGUUGGCCAAGAUGAUACUAAGUUUGUAGAUUUCACUGCUGCUGGGGAUCAUGUUGUUGGAAGCUCAUCCUUUGCUGGCUGCUUCGGUGUCAUCCUUGCGACCAAGCAAGGUACCAUUGUUGGUCACUACAACCUUGAUCAGGCUGGCUUGGACAACGCCAAGAAGGAGAUCCCCGAUCUUUACAGCAAGCACAACGACAAGGUUGGGGGUGCUUCUGCUCAUCUUUACUCUGCCGUCUACUAUGAAAAUGGGGAGCUUGUUGACGGAAACCUGUACAACGAGUACAAGAAGUUCCUCACAGACCUUAUUGGAAGCGAGCCCGAGGAUCACCACUACACUGAGGCUGCUGAGACCGUUCCUGAGGAGGAUCUGUUCGAAGACAAGUGGGACCAUGAUGCGGUGAGCGGCGGUUUUGUCGUUGAGAACUCUGGUGGUGGCGGUGCUGAUACCAGUAUCUUCUUCAUUACCAUUGAGAGACAGCGCACCAGCGCUCAGCUACCUGACCGCCGUUAGGUUUGGUUGCCGCCUAGUAUGAAGAUUUUGUAACGCUCUUACGCCUUCAUUCUUGUACCCAUCCAUUACAUCAGAUAGAACCUAUGUCAGCUUCGUAUCUACCAAUC